UUUAAAUAUCUUAAUUUUUGUUUUGUUUUUCUUAAUUACGUCAGCUCAUAGUAAAAUUAAAUUAAAUUUCUUUAAAAAUAUAAUUGGCACUUUAAAGGCGUACAAAAAAGGGAAACUUUUGUUUUUGGUUUCUGGACCUUGCUGUAUGGAAGGGAGUGUAUCAUUUUAAAAACAUGCAACUUCAUAAGUGAAAAAUAUUAGGUCUGUUAAAAAUGGCCGACAACGAGCUUAUAGAUAAGGUGCUAUCUAUCCACGAUGUAUCUGAAUUGCAAAGAUUUGCGAGGCAAAAUGAUAUUCCUGAAAACGAUCCAAUUAUUUACAUGAGAUUCAACGAAUUGUUGAUACAAGAAGACGAUUCUUACUUGCAAAUGAAUAACGAAGAUGCACAACUUUUUACUAGACUGAAUCAAAUACAUUCUAUCGAAGAGGUACAGUAGGGGUUUCAAAAAUGGUCGAAAUGACAAUAGUACUUGCUUUGUUGUUUUAAUGUUUAGUGAAAGGAAUACAUGAGAUAAACUAUAAAAAUAUUAAAAAUACACGGUCGUGUAAAUCGUUAAUUGGGAUGUGUAGGUGAAUUAUAAGUAUUUGAAUCAUCAUGUAUUCUUGUCAAAUAUUUCGCAUUUUAUUUAAUUUUAAUUUUGUAUCUUUCACAAUUACAUUUGGUACAGCUUAGCAUUGAUUAAACAUCUACUCAUUCUACAAUUUUAAAACAUUCUACGAUUGAUCAAUUUUCAAUUUCUUUUUUUAUAAUUUCAUAAAACAGCUCGAUGAUUUGAAUGUUGACCAUCCCUUUCUACGCUUGAGGAGAGAGGAAUUACUAGAAUCGUCUGUUCCGCAAGCUGACAAUUUAUCACUGCACGUUUCUAUGGAAAUUGAUGAUGAUGUAUCCCUAAAUCAGCAGGGGGGUGCACUUUAUGACAGCGCGGAUAUGAAUGACUAUUAUAGUUUGAUAGAAGUACAACAAAAACACAGUGCCUAUUUCAAUGCAAAUUCUACAGCUUAUACAUUAGAAUUAUUUCCACCAGAAGAAAUAAAUAAUGAUAUUGCAAAGAUUUUACAAUUCUUCGAUGCACUUAUGACAGAUAUCAUUCACACUGUCAUGUUGACAUACGAUGGAAACGACAGAGUUAGAUUCAUGAUGGACUCCGUCAAUUUAUUGGCUCCUAUUACAACAGGAUUCAUCACGAAAGACAAUUUGACGUCAGGUCGUGUUUUAGACGCAAUCGAACGAGUUUGUCAGUCCAAAAUGGACAUAUUCGGCGACGAAAUGUUUACCUUAUACGUCGACGUAAUUCGGGCACCUUUGGGUGGCUAUUUUAAAUCAUCUAAGUCCACCAAGCCAUUAGAUCACGAUUCUUGGAUGGCUAACAGUAAAUGUAUCAUACCAGCGAAAAAUUUUCAAACCGAAAUUUGCUUUGGUGCAGCCCUUGCGAUAGCCAAGGCCAAGAGCGAUCUUAAAUCGGGUCUUAUUGACAUGUUUUCGUACAGAAGAAUCAGGGAUAAUAAAUGCGAUAUGCAAGAAACAAAAGCACUUGAACUUUACAAGAAAGCAGGUGUCCCAGUUGGUGCGUGCGACUUUAGCACAUACGACAAAUUCAUGAACAUCCCUGAACUUAAUGAUUAUCAGCUAAAAAUCAUUGCAGGGGACAAUUUGUUUCUGAAGGAAAUUUACUGCCGGGGCCCUAACGUAGGACUCAUUCAAGAUAAAGCGCUUGCUCUUUACCUUAGAAAUGGUCAUUAUUCUGUGAUUACUAGCCUCAUCGCUUUUUACAGAUGCAAAUCGUACUGUUAUAGCUGCAAUAAGGCUCUUCAAAUUCCAUUAUCACGGCACAGAUGCCUCGCCCACUGCCCCUUAUGCGAAUCCAAAAGUGGCUGUAAAAAUAAAAAGCCUGACUACAAAUUAUGCAGUUUUUGCAAUAUCGCAUUUUUAAAUGCAACUUGCUACGAUAAUCAUAUAGUAAGUUUACAAAACGUCAAUCAUAUUAUAAGUUUUACCAUCAUUAAAAAUAAGAUAAAUUAG